UUGAGGGACAUAGUAGCAUUCUGGGAGAAUGUCACUGCAGAGUCAGUGUGUAGCAGUUUGUAUUUACAACAGGAGCAGCUAUAGAAGUACAUUACAAGAGCCCUUGCUGAAGAUGAAGAUUUGCUGAACAGAUGGAAUGGGGGAAUGUUCUUUGUAUUCCUCACAAAAUUAUGGGCAGACUGUUUGCUGACGGAGCAAUGCUGGGGCAAAAACAGCACUACUAGAGACUCAUUCUGAAAUGGGGAGCACUGAAAUUCUGGAAAAGGAGGCCUCAGAAAGUCUCAGUAAUGGUACCAGUAGCAACGUAGAAGCAGCCAAAAGAUUGGCCAAACGCCUUUAUCAACUAGACAGAUUCAAAAGAUCGGAUGUCGCAAAGCACCUAGGCAAGAACAAUGAAUUUAGCAAACUAGUUGCAGAAGAAUAUCUGAAGUUUUUUGAUUUUACAGGAAUGACACUGGAUCAAUCUCUCAGGUAUUUCUUUAAAGCAUUUUCUCUUGUGGGAGAGACUCAAGAACGAGAGAGAGUUUUAAUACAUUUCUCCAAUAGAUAUUUUUACUGUAACCCAGACACUAUUGCUUCACAAGAUGGAGUCCAUUGCCUCACCUGUGCAAUGAUGCUUCUUAACACAGAUCUCCAUGGCCAUAAUAUUGGAAAGAAGAUGACCUGCCAAGAGUUCAUUGCAAACCUCCAAGGGGUAAAUGAAGGUGGUGAUUUCUCCAAGGAACUACUGAAAGCUCUAUACAACUCAAUUAAGAAUGAGAAGCUCGAAUGGGCAGUAGAUGAUGAAGAGAAAAAAAAAUCUCCAUCUGAAGGUACUGAUGAGAAGGCUAAUGGAACACAUCCAAAGACCAUCAGUCGUAUUGGGAGUACUACUAACCCAUUCUUAGACAUUCCUCAUGACCCAAAUGCUGCUGUAUACAAAAGUGGAUUCUUGGCUCGGAAAAUCCAUGCCGAUAUGGAUGGGAAGAAGACUCCAAGAGGGAAGCGAGGAUGGAAAACCUUUUAUGCUGUACUAAAAGGAACAAUUCUUUACUUGCAAAAGGAUGAAUACAAACCAGAAAAGGCCCUGUCUGAAGAGGAUUUGAAAAAUGCCGUGAGUGUGCAUCAUGCGCUGGCAUCCAAGGCCAUAGACUACGAGAAGAAGCCGAAUGUACUUAAACUUAAAACUGCCGACUGGAGGGUCUUGCUUUUUCAAGCUCAGAGUCCAGAGGAAAUGCAAGGAUGGAUAAACAAAAUUAAUUGUGUUGCGGCUGUAUUUUCUGCACCACCAUUUCCAGCAGCCAUUGGAUCUCAGAAGAAGUUUAGUCGUCCACUUCUGCCUGCCACUACGACAAAAUUGUCUCAGGAGGAACAGCUGAAAUCUCAUGAAAGCAAACUGAAGCAGAUUACCACUGAGCUGGCUGAACACCGCUCAUAUCCCCCAGACAAGAAAGUUAAAGCCAAGGAGAUAGAUGAAUACAGACUGAAAGAUCACUAUCUGGAAUUUGAGAAAACCCGUUAUGAAAUUUAUGUCAGCAUUCUAAAAGAAGGAGGCAAGGAGCUCCUGAGUAACAAUGAAAUUGAGGCUGCAGGACUGAAGAAGUCACAUUCAAGUCCUUCACUGAACCCAGAUUCAUCUCCAGUCACAGCCAAGGUGAAGCGUAAUGUGUCAGAGAGGAAAGAUCACCGACCUGAAACACCAAGCAUUAAGCAAAAAGUUACUUAGAAUCCAUCUGUGACCAGGAGGUACUGGUCAUGGAGCAAAAUAGAAUUUUUCAAGAUCUUUCUGGUAAACCCGUGAAUAUAUUUUUAAAAAGUCUGUGACUAAAUGGUGCAUUAGUAACCUUUUCUAUUGUAUAGUUUUGUUAGUUUCUGUACUGAUUGUCUCUCUGCUCUUGAUUACUUUGCUUUGAUGAUUUUUUGCUACUUGAUGACUAAUGCACCUUUUUUUGUGAGGGGGAGGGGAUUGUGAUUUCAGAAUGAAUUAUGUGUCACUUUUUCUUUUCUUUUUUCUUGUUUGCACUCUGCUCAGUUGUUUUAUGUAUUCUCAAAUCAGCUAUUACACUUUUUUAAGGUUAAAAAAUUUAAAUCUUUGUGAAACAUUUAACUGGACAAACUUGGUAGUUGAGUAAAUUCUAGCCAGAGUUAAUAUAAAUCUUUAUGUGUGAAAUAUUACUUAGUCACAGAGGUGGAAUUGAGCACUGGAAGAAAUUCAAUUAAGAAUUACAAUUCUGGGAAGCAAGAUGGCCCAAGAUGUACCUGCAUACCUUUACACUUACUGUUGAGUUCUGACCCUGCUGGAAGCAGGGAAAGGGGGUGUGAAGAUGGGAGGACUGGAGAACUAAGUAAGUGCAUUAGCUUCCUUGAAAUGAUGACUUCAUUUUAGCCAAAGAAGGAAAAAGGAAAUGGAAUCUUUUUGCCAUUGAAUGCUGUAGGAAAAUGACACCAAGGUCAUUUUGUUUCUAAAGGAUAGUGGCAGUAAUCGACUCUUGGGGAGCUCCAGCACUAGGCAUGUGGAUGGUGUGCAUGAAAUUGUUACCUCCCACAGGGUCUAGGCUAGGAAUCCAUAAUCAUCUCUGUCCAUCAAUACCCUGCCCUUCAGAAUUAGGUUCUUAUAUAUAAGCAUGGUGUUGUCUCCUAGUUAUAAAAAUAUUGGGAUCUUCCUAACAAAAUAAUAUUGAAAAUGGAACCCCUUUUGUUCUUUUUUUUUAAACAAAACAAGGUAAGAGGAAACAGUAACUGAGUUGUUCAGCAAUGCAAUGAAUAUUGAUUUUUUAAAAUAAAUCUGAAAGUAAAAAUGUCUAAAUGAAUUGUGGCUGGAAAAUUGAAUCUACCGGUUGCAUAUGCAGAGUUAGAUUAUACUUACCUCGGUCUCUUUGAUAGCCAGUUCACUCUGCUGCUACUGAACUUUCUCCUAAAAAUAAGUACCUAAUUUUAAAUCAGUAUUUUCUAUCUACUCAGAAUAGUUAUAGUCACGAAUUUGUUUCAGUGCUGGUCCCUUUGAAAUUUAGAGUGACAGCACAUUCUAUUGUACAGGAAGAAAAAGUGAAAAUUGAGCCCUCUCUGAGUUAGAACCUUCUGAUUUUUAAAGCUUGAAAGGUUGUGAUCCUUAAAACUAUAAUCUCCAUGACUUCAGAACUAAUGGAAUCAUUUUGAAUACUCUUUUACCUCCCACACAUAUUUGCUCUAGCUCUAAUCAGUUUAUUAGUUAAAAGUACUAUGACCAAAGAAUCAGGGACUCUGCAGCAAUAGCUUGGUUCCCGUGAUUUAGAGAAAAUCUGCUAUUAAACCAUGUGGUUUCUAGUAGUAUAUUGUUCUGAUGUACCAGCAUUUAAUUAUAAUAUCAUUUAUCAACAUUUACUUUAUCUAUAUAAAUGCCCAUAUUUGCUAGUGCCCAAAAAAGAGAAACCCUGCUCUAAGGUUGUAGUUGCUUACUUUGUGAGAAAUAUUUUGCUACACCUUUGAAAAACUUACUCUAACCCACUAUCUUGUUUAUGUAAAGGUAAUGACUAAAUUUUUAUGUCAAUACUGAAAGACAAGGUAAUUACCAACAUGGCCCUAUGCACCUGAUUCAUUUUUGUAGCCUCUGACCAAAUCAACAUUUGCACAAAAGAAUCAUCUUUUUUCCUUGAAUCUGAAUAAUUAGUCUUGUUUGUUUUCUACAUAAAACCAAGCAAGAGAAAAAUACCUAGCCAUGUCAUCUCUGAGCUUCAAUAACUAAAGAAAAAUAAACAUCCCUGAUUGGCUUGAA